UGGACGGAAAUAAAUUGCUCUGAGCGACAAAGCAUCGAGCAGGCCCCAAAGCGUCCGGUGCACCUUUCUUACGUUUUGGAUCUAAAACGUCCCCCUUUUUUUCUUUUCCCAGACCCUUCAAAAAGCCUUCAAGACGGACGGAGUGGUGGAGCACCGAGGCAAAAACCGGGCCAACAUGCGGGAGAGGGACUUCAUGCCCAACACGGAGAGGGGCAAGCCGGCCACCUACACGGGGGACAAGAAAGCCAAGAUGGCCGCGAAGACCAACAAAAAGUGGGUACGGCUGGCCACCGUGUUCGCCUACGUGCUCUCCGUGUCCCUAGCCGCGAUCAUCCUGGCUAUUUACUACAGCCUAAUAUGGAAGCCGACGAGCACUGGGACUGGACCCGGAGUGCCUGAUGGGUCCACGGGAAACAAGAACGUCUCGACCAGCGACAACAGCACGAGCGCAAAUGGUACGCAAUUAGACUUGGGGUUUAACGCGACCGGCGCCGGAAACGACAGCGCGGCCACAGAGACUGCGAUAACAGCGCACUCCUACUCAACCGCCAUUGAAUACACGCCUGCCAGUGAUCAGAUGAAACAAAACGCGUUUGGACAGUACAGAUAUGAUCAAAACUCGGGCAGCGUUACCGGUCCGACUGACGCAAAAAGGAAAAAGCGCGAGGCGGUACCGGAGAAAUCCGCGUCCGCGCGCUCUCGAAAUGAGCCCAAUGAUCCUGAAAAGACAAGAGAAGAAGGACUGGUUUAAGCUCACACGUACACGUACAAACCGCAUGCUUCCGCAUAAAUGGUGUGCAAAAGCGUUACAAUUUCGGCAUACUAUUCAGUGCGGUAAUGUGCGGUUUAGGACGUAGCCUAAACUCAGUUUGGUGCAUAGCGGUGCGCGCGCGCGGCCGAAGCUCAAAAGGAUUCACGGAAAGAUGGGAAGUAUUCUACGCUUGGUGCAUGGACGCCAGCUUGAUUAUACUAAUGCACAGCAAAGACUUGGUUAUAUUCUUAAAACUUUUUUUUUUCUCCAUGUAACAUAAACUGUCCAAAGUGUAAUCUUUCAUUUGACGGCACAUGGCACCUGUCUAAUUCAAGACCCAUUGGCAUAACCACCCAGCUUCCCAAGUCACCUUUAUGUGCUUGCAUAGUUUCUAAACUGUAUAGCCUGCCAGACGUAUUUAUUUAUAACUGCAGCACGAAACUAAUUAACACAGCAUCUCAGUUUCUUUAAAACACUGAUUUUUUUGUUUGUUUGUUUGUUUGUUUUUUUGGACCAGCUAUUAAAAAUUGUAAGAGGAAAAUAUUUUACAUUGCAUUUCAUUGGAACAAUGUCCAUAUAGCCUCCCAAUUAACCAGGAUUCCUAAUUCAGAGGAACCUGUGUCGAGUUCCGCUCAGGUAUGUGCAAAUAUUAAUGUAAAUGUAUUGUGUAUUUGGUACAUAUAUAUACAGUACAUAUAUAUAAAUGUAUAUAGGUCACAUGUAGUCUAUUUGGAAAAUGUACAUAAUGCACAUGCUCAGGCGUUGAUUGAGCU